CGGCACCGACCACCAGUUAUUAAACAUUUCGCCGCCGAACGCGCCGGUACGCAGAUUCACACGUCCCGACGUUCGCCGUGCGCAAUCACCCGACGACGACGACGCCGCCGCAACUCUCCACCGCCAUUCACCGCCACCACUGUCGGCGCUCUUUGCCGUCGCCGCACCACCGGAGUGUCCCUCCUGCCGCCGCCGCCACUACCACCACCACCACCACUACCACUACCUCUACCACUGCAUCGUCGCACGCUAAAAAUGGCGUCCGCCACCGUGUGAUCGUCGUUGUCGCCGCCGCCACCGACGUCGCACCACGCAGCCUCAUUCAUGUUGCUAAUAAUGGCAACUAAAACUGAAAUUGAGAAUGAAACAAUUGAAAAACCGCUUGAAACUCAAGAUAUGAAUGCAGUUUGUACAAAUUUGCAGUACUGUGACGAUACAAUUAAACUACAAUCAACAAGAAAACGAUGUGUCAGCACGUCAAUUCUUAUAAGUACAUCUCCAAAAAAAAAAAAAAAGAGUCAAAAUAUAAUACCACCUAAAAAGUUUUUGCUUGGUGGUAGCAUGUCUGAUCCCCUCAAUUUAAAUAGUCUCCAGAAUGAAGAUAUUAAUAAAGCAAUGAAUAAAACUCCAAGAUCAUCACCUUUACAUUCAAAUACAGUAAACAUAAAAAAAGAUCAAGUCAAUGUUAUGAUUCCUAGAAAUUUAUCUGAUCCAUUGGAACUUAGUCAGUGUGAUGAAGCCAAAGCAAUUGCAUGUUCUGGCAUAGAUUCAUUAAAACAAAAAACUCCACAAAAAUGUAAACCUAAAAUACAGCUGUCAAAAUCUUUAUCUGACUCAGGUUUAACUACUGAGAAUACCCCAGAAAAAGAUUUUAAACCAAUAUAUAAAAAUGAAAAGGAAAGACAGGAAGAAGAAAACAUUAUUUCUUCACCGCCUAAAAAAAAGUUCAAACCUGAAUUGCCUGAAAUCUGUAUAUCCAAGUCUGAGAAUAACAAAACUUCAGGUGAAAUAAUUGAAGUAAUAGAAUCCAUCAUAGAUGUAUUAGUGAAUGAAGUUCUAGUUCAGUCAUUAGAUAAAUGUAAUAUUCCAAUUCCAAAAGCUCCUGUUGAAGCGGUUGUUGAAAAGAUACUCGAGCCAUGCAAAACGCUGUCACCAUCACCUGAAAAAAAAGUUGAAGACGGUAAGGAUACACAAGAGCAGUGCGAAAAAAUUAAGCCCAAAAGAUGUGUAGUAAGUCCGGUUGUUAAGCAGCCCUCAUUGUCAGAAAAACACUGCAAACCUCAGCAGGUUGUUGUUACGACGUCAGCUAAACCAAAACAAAAGGUUAAUAAAAACGAGCCCAAGUUUAAAGAAAAAAAUUCGUUGUUUAAAUAUGGAAAUUAUAACAGAUAUUAUGGUUACCGUAAUCCAGAUGAUGAAGACAAUAGACUGAAAGUGUUAGCUGAACGUACGGAUUUAUUUUAUGGCAAGGACGUGUUGGACAUUGGCUGUAAUAUUGGUCAUGUGACAUUCAGUGUUGCUAGAGAUUUUGGUGCAAAAUCAGUUGUAGGAAUGGAUAUUGAUCGUAAACUAAUAAAUAUUGCACGCAAAAAUGUACAGUAUUACAUCAACGAUACGGCGCAAUCUUCCUCACAUCUAUCAUCAAAUUACCAUUUUAAAGAUUAUAAUUCGAGAAGCCAUAAUGAUCCAAACCGUGAUAUAAUCGAAUCAUUUCCUAUGUCAUUACCUUUGCUGUAUGGUCCUAUUAAUUUAGCUGGUAUGACGAUAUCUGGAACAUUUCCCUACAAUGUCUCUUUUGUACAGGGAAAUUAUGUAUUAGAAUCUGAUCUUUUACUAUCAUUGGAAACGUGUAAGUUCGACGUUAUUCUCUGUUUAAGCAUUACCAAAUGGCUUCACUUGAACUGGGGUGAUGACGGUUUAAAACGAGCUUUCAAACGUAUGUAUGCACAGUUGCGACCUGGUGGAAUACUUGUGGUUGAGCCUCAGCCGUGGAAAUCGUAUGGUCGUAGAAAAACAUUAACGGAAACCAUUUGGCGAAAUUAUAAAAACAUUCAACUGAAACCUCCAAUGUUUACAGACUAUCUGUUGAACGAAGUUGGUUUUGCUAACUGUGAAACUCUUACCAUGCCUCACAAUCCAUCUAAAGGGUUUCAGCGUCCGCUCAAGUUGUAUAGAAAAUCUAACAUAUUAGUAUCUAGAAACAAACCAAAGUGUACGAUAGUUAAACCAAAUGAAACUCAAAAAUCAUAAACAUGGUAUUGAAAUACUCACUUAAUUCGUUUUAGGCAAUCAGUCUUGAAUAUUUAUGUUAUUGUUCUUAGCACUGUAAUUUAGCAACUGGACCAUGCGUUUAUUGACAUUUAUUACCAAAUUGUUAUUUAAUAUUUUUUGUUUCUCGUAAUAUUUAAUAUAAUUCUAUUCAUUGUACAAUUUGUAAGAUGAAUAAAUAUUUUUUUAUUGUUGAAAAUA